GAGCCAUGAGGACAGAGAUUUACACAGUCACAGUACAGACAGUACAUAUCACUCCACCCUAGAGUGAGAGCACACCAUAAGAGAGGCUGCAAAAUAGCAUGGUCCUAGGACUAGGACAAAAUGCCAGGCAAAAAGGACUCAAAGUCAGCGGCCAAAAAAGGAGGAAAACCGGAACCAGAAAAAACUAGGGGCAAAGAGGAAGAGAAAAAGGGUAAGGAUGACAAAAAAGGGGGUAAAGAUGAUAAAAAGGGAGGUAAAGAUGACAAGAAGGGAGGAAAAGAUGACAAGAAGAAGGGAAAAGAAGAGCCUCCCAAAGGUAAAGGAAAAGAUGAUGGAAAGAAAGGAAAGGAUAAAGGUAAGGGAGCAAAAGUGGUUAGUGAAUCAGAGGAGGGUUCAGACGCAGAGCCUAUAGAGGAUGAUGAAGAGUUAAGUGAUGAAGAAGAAGAGGACGAAGAAUCAGAUAGAGAUGCUCGCAAGCGUGGUCGUGGAAAGCCUGACGCUAAAAGCAAAGCAGCAAAGGGAAAGUCCAAAUCCAAAUAUGCUGCAUCAGAUGAGGAUGAUGAAGAAGAAGAAGAUGAAGAUGAGGAGGAAGAUGAAGAGGAAGAAGAGGAAAGUGAAGAAGAAGACAGGAAAGGAAAGAAGAAAGCCAAAGAUGCACACAAAUCCAAAUCUAAACCAGAGGAAGAUGGAAAGAAGAAGAAAGCAAAAAAGAAGGAUGAGCCUCCACCUGAGCCACCACCAGAGGAGAAAAAGAAGAAAAGAGGGUUAAAGAACACCUCCAGACUCUUUAUGCGUUUCUCUGGAUUUAGGAGGAAGAGGAACUCAAAGAAGCGGCUUAAAAGCACAUCUAGACUGUUUCUCGGACUUGGCAGAAGAAAGAGUCGUCUCGCCAAAAAAAAAAGGAGGAAAUCAGUUUUGAAAAAUGCCCCCAGGCUGCUCAUGCGUUUCAAAGCCAGUAAGAAAAGAAAGAAAGAGAAAGAAAAGGAAAAAUCAGGAAAUAAGCCAACCUACAUGCUCCUUAGAAUUGGUGGUAACAAACCAGCAGAGAAGAAAACAGGGUUUUUCAAAGGGCUUUUUGGGAAAAAGAAUGCAGAUGAGGGGUCUAAUUUUAAAUACCGGAGUGCAUUAAUGGGCAAAAUUGCAGGAGCAACAAACUGGCUCACUAAAAAGUUCCUCUCAACUAAAAGGAAACAGAGAUCGCUUGGUAGGGAUCAUGACCCCUGGGGACGGUCAAGCAACAAACGAUUUCCUGGGGGUAGUCGGCAGACAAGCAUGCGAGAACCUCGGGGGUAUGACAACUAUGGAUAUGAACCAGAUUUUGAUGGAUUUGACUAUAAUAACCAGGGUAGAGUAGGAAGAGGUGCAUUCAACAGACAGUCAAUGAGUAGACACCCAAACAGAUAUGAGGCACAGUAUGCUCCUCUGCAGGGACAUGCACAAACACUGCCACAGCACUACAGUCAGUAUGAAGAGACAGCUGACUAUUAUGAUGCACCGUCUCAGGAUCAAGGCUAUUAUGAUCUAGAAGAUGGAUACUAUGACACACAGAUGGGCAUGCAGAGUGGAGGAGAGUAUUAUGACGACGGUAUGGGCUACUAUAACCCAUAUUCUGCUGAAAAUCAGGUGGGCUACUACCCAGAGGAGAUGGAAUACUAUGCCGAACAACAGUCGUUGGACCCAUAUUACAACAAUGGCAUGGAAUACUACGAUGAGAGCCAGUAUCUAAUAGAGGAUGGUUAUGAACCUUAUGGAAACGAAUCCUAUGACCAGGGUCAGUUUGAUUUUUAUGAUGACCCUCAGGGUUUCUAUGAUGAUCCAUAUGGUGAUGUUGGACCAAGUGAUCUAUAUAUGGAUCCACAUGGAAAUUAUAAUGAUCCAUACCUACAAGACUACCAGGUUAAUUACAGUGAAUCAGGGAUUUCUCCAUAUCUUGAGUCUUCUUAUAACAUCUAUCAGCCAUAUGGUUAUGCUGUGCAUGAUGUUAUGGAUGGUGAGGAAGUUGAUGUGUUGUAUGGUGAGGAGUUUGGUGACAUCCCCAUGGAGCCAAUGGUACUUCAAGGAGAAAUGUUCAGAGUUCCAAGGCCUCAAGUCAAGCUUUUUGGUAAAGAGAAGAUAGAUGUCGAGCUUCCACCGCCUCCGCCACAAUAUGAUUUUGAAGAGAUGUCAGAGAUUCAAUAUGAAAAUGAACCAUUCAUCCCUGGAGCUCCUAUGGUUGAAGGUUUUCCUCCAGCAGUGCACCCACAAGAUAUGCUUCAACCAAUGGUUCCUCAGAUCCCCACGCCAACUGCAAUGUUAAUUAAGCAUGCUAACAGUCCUCAGAGAUUGGCGAGCCCUAUGUCUUCAACUAUGUCACCAAUGGCCCAAGGCGGUGCUUUUCCUCCGUCUCCUACACCAAGCAGGAGGUCCAUGGGGAUAAUGGGUUCCCCUGUACAAAAGCCUCUGUCCCGUAUGGUGUCACCAGGUCCCAUGUCCCCUAUGGCAGUACCAGGUCCAGUGUCCUAUAUGGCAGCACCAGGACCCAUGUCCCCUAUGGCAGUACCAGGUCCCAUGUCCCCUAUGGCAGUACCAGGUCCCAUGUCUACCAUGGUAGCACCAGGUCCCAUGUCGCCUAUGGCAGUACCAGGUCCCAUAUCCCCUUUGGGAUCACCAGGAGGAUUUAGAGAGCCAAUAAUGAAUGUGAGGCAUUCCCCUGUACCCAUACGACGACAAAGCCCUCACACCUCUCCACAGCUCUCCAUGCAUACUUCUGGUGCACUCCCUGUGAGACGGAGCCCCUCCCCACAGCCCUCCAUUCGUCAUUUUGGAGCCAGGGGAGUGCCUCCAUCUCCAACCCUAAGCAGAGGGAUGCCAUCUCCAGUUACUCAUGUUCAACCCCCUCCUUCUCCUCUUGGACGUAGAAGAGUAAGCCCCCCCGCCUCUCCAAUGUUUUCCAGACGUUUCCAACCUGAAGCGUCAUUUAUAGAGGCUACAGCAUCCCCUAAGCCUGUGACCCGCCAAAUAGCCCCACGAGCCCCCUCUCCUCGCGCUAGUCCUCCAGGUUCCCCCCGUGGUUCCAUCCGCAGGCAGAGCCCCCCACUUUCCCCACGUGCCUCAAUGAGGAGACCCAGCCCACCCGCCUCCCCAUCAAUUGCUCAACGACCAUUUGGUGCAAGGAAGCUUCAACCUUCGCCCUCUCCUCCUAGGCACCCCGAUAGACCACAAUCCCCAUUUGCAGCUCACAGAGCAUCACCUACACCUUCACGAAGAAGUUUUGCAAUUGAACCAGAAUCUGUGCUGCCUCCUUCUCCUUCUCCAGGUGGACGCAGACCACCCUCCCCCACUCUCUCCCGGAGGUCGACCCGUCUAAUGAGGGAUCCACUGCCUCUUGGAUCACCUGGUGGGCGCCUACGGGGAAUAGGGCGUCCAAACAUUCCUAUGGGAGCUGUAAAGCCCUCUCCUGGUCGAAUGACUCGCCCAGGUGCUCCAACACAAAAUGUACCUCCUUUCAGAGCCUCCAUACGCAGCAACAGAUCAAUCAUGCCUCAGGACUUCACUUCAUCCCCACAGCUCUCAGGCCAACAUCCUGGGACACCCAUGAGGGAGCAGAGGCGCUUCAUUCCCCCAGGACCUGGAGGCCAUACAAGGGACCCCCAAAGACCUGUUGGUCGUGGCCGUCCUUUGAUCGCCAGACAGUCCUUGAGGCAGGCACCUCAUUCACCACAGCCUUCUCUAAAACGCAUGGGCCCUCCAUCACCACAACCUUCUGUUAGGCAUUUCUCUAGACCGACUUCUCCUCAUCCUUCCAUCAAACAUGGCUCACCAUUACCAGUGCGCACUCUUUCCCCUCGUGCACCACCCUCCCCUCUCCUCUCAGGUGCUUUGCAGAAUUCACAGAUCCCUGCUGUACCAUUUGCAUCUCCCUACCCUGUUGGAGUAGAACCGAUACCCUUGCUGCAACCAGCACCAGCACCACACACCCCAGAAAUUACUGUAGUACAGCAGAAUCUAGAGCAGGUGGCAUCUCCACUUUUAUCAAAUGCCUUGCAAAAUCCUCAGGUCCGUGGAGCCUCAUACACAUCACCCUUGCAAAGGCCAGGCUCUCCAUAUGCUCCUGAAGUGGCACAACUUCCUGGCCAACCAGCCUCCCCACUCCUAUCAAAUGCUUUGGAAACUUCCAGCCUCCAUAGUGCCUCAUUUGCAUCACCAUUACUACCACCCAUGUCACCAUAUGCUCCUGAAAUGGAGGCUUUUGAACAAAGUUCAGGUCAACCUGUAUCUCCUAUGCUGUCUAGUGCUAUCCAAAAUCCUUACCUCCGUAGUGCUUCAUACGAGUCACCCCUGCAGAUGCCUCCCUCUCCCUAUUCACCGGUCAUGACAGAAUAUGAUUACAUAGAGGAUCCAGGCCCUGGACCUCUCCUCACUAACGCUCUUCAAAACCCCAACGUCCGAAAUGCUUCUUACCGAACACAUUUACGUCGGAGUGGAUCAAGAUAUCCCCCUGGCUAUGGUCCAAAAGGGUCACCAGUUCUUUCAAAUGCUUUACAAAACCAACAAAUCCGCAAAGCAUCCUACCAAACCCAACUGGUUCAUCAAAGGAGCAGCUACCCCUAUGCACCCAUGGCUGCCACCUCUCCAAUGCUUUCAAAUGCAUUACAUAAUCAACAGGUAAGGAAUGCCUCAUACAGACUUUCUGAUGGAACUUUAAUAGGCAUGGAUCCCCAACCACAACAAUCCUUCUCUCCGAACCUUCCAAAUGCCUUGCAGAAUCCAAAUAUAAGAAAUGCUUCCUAUAGACUUCCAGAUGGGACAGUUAUUAUGGCAGGUCAACAGCAGCCAGUGUCUCCCAAUUUGUCACACGCAAUAAGGAAUGAGAGCGUUCGAAAUGCAUCUUAUAGGCUACCUGAUGGGACAGUUAUAUUUGCUGAGCAACAGCUGCAGCCAACUUCUCCACAUUUAUCUGAUGCACUUCAAAAUCCAAACAUGAGAAAUGCAUCCUAUAGAUUGCCUGAUGGCUCGAUAAUUUAUGCACAGUCAAAACCUAGCUCUCCGAAAUUAACAGAGGCACUUCAGAAUCCACAAAUGCGAAAUGCAAGUUACAGACUGCCUGAUGGGUCUAUUAUAUCUACACAGGUCCCUUAUGAACCCACCUCUCCCAAUUUAACAAAUGCACUUCAGAAUCCAUCCAUUCGCACUGCUGCCUAUAGGCUUCCUGAUGGCUCAAUAAUCAGUGCUGAUCCAGUACGCCCCCCAGUUCUGGCCAGUGCUCUUCAAAAUGCAGGUAUCAGAAAUGCUACCUACAGGCUACCUGAUGGCUCAGUAAUCAGUGCUGAUCCAAUGCGACCCCCAAAUCUCUCCGGUGCCCUCCAAAAUGUAGAUAUUAGAAAUGCUACCUACAGGCUACCUGAUGGCUCAGUAAUCAGUGCUGAUCCAGUACGCCCCCCAAAUCUCUCCAGAGCCCUCCAAAAUGCAGAUCUCAGAAAUGCUACCUACAGGCUACCUGAUGGCUCAGUAAUCAGUGCUGAUCCAAUGCGACCCCCAAAUCUCUCCGGUGCCCUCCAAAAUGUAGAUAUUAGAAAUGCUACCUACAGGCUACCUGAUGGCUCAGUAAUCAGUGCUGAUCCAGUACGCCCCCCAAAUCUCUCUAGAGCCCUCCAAAAUGUAGAUAUUAGAAAUGCUACCUACAGGCUACCUGAUGGCUCAGUAAUCAGUGCUGAUCCAGUGCGCCCCCCAAAUCUCUCCAGAGCCCUCCAAAAUGCAGAUCUCAGAAAUGCAACCUACAGGCUACCUGAUGCCUCUGGACUGAUUAUUGGGCCAGAUGGCAGAUAUGCAGUGGUGUCCCCACAGAGGAAAGGCCCUGAGGAGCACUGGGCCCAAAAUGCCAGGGAGGGACAAACAGCAGAAGAUAUGUGGGCUGCAGAGAAGGUCCUGCCUCAUGGAACAGUCCAGAAUCUUAUCAAGUGGUCUAUGUACCGUGAUGAGAACAUGAUGGACCACCUUACUCCCCCACCCUUUAGUAUUGGGUCCAGGGAGGCAGAGGUACACUGGGUACCAGAUCGGGAAGGGGAGCCCAGUGGCCAGUGGUAUGACAAGAUGUAUUCUAUAAGGAGUCUCCCCACUAUGAGAUACAGAGAGAAAAGAGAAGGAGAUGGAAUUGAGGACAUGACACAGUUGGAGGAUCUGACAGAGGCAGCUGUUUUAAUUAACUUGAAGACUCGCUUUGACCAGGAGCUUAUCUACACAUAUAUCGGCAGUAUUCUGGUGUCAGUGAAUCCAUACAAGCUGUUUAACAUCUAUGGCACUGAUAUGGUCCUCCAGUACGAGGGUCAUGGCUUAGGGGAGAAUCCACCUCACCUUUUUGCAAUUGCAAACAUGGCCUACGCAACAAUGAUGGACAUCAAGCGGAACCAGUGCAUUAUAGUCAGUGGUGAAAGUGGGUCCGGUAAGACAGAGGCUACCAAGCUGGUCCUGAGAUACCUCACUGCCAUUCAUCACAAGAGAAAUGUAACACAACAGAUUGAGAUACUAGAAGCAACACCUCUGCUGGAAUCAUUUGGGAAUGCCAAAACAGUGCGGAACGACAACUCCAGUCGCUUUGGGAAGUUUGUGGAGAUUUUUCUGGAGGAGGGAGUGAUAAGCGGUGCCAUAACCUCGCAGUAUCUACUGGAGAAGUCCAGGAUAGUUUUUCAGGCCAAAAAUGAGAGGAACUACCACAUCUUCUAUGAGAUGUUGGCUGGACUCCCCGUUCAUCAGAGACGAACAUUCUACCUACAGGAAGCUGAAACCUAUUACUAUCUGAACCAAGGUGGAAACUGUCAGAUUGUGGGGAAGGAUGACGGAGAGGAUUUCUGGCGGUUACAGAGUGCCAUGGACAUUCUGCGCUUCAGCCCGGAGGACCAGAGCAGUGUCUUCAGAGUACUGUCAUCCAUACUGCACCUGGGCAACGUCUUCUUCCAUAGACUCGAGACUGAGGUGCAGGAGACAGCGGGGGUAGUGAGUGCUCAGGAGAUCCGUGUUGUGGCCGAACUGCUACAGAUUUCUCCCGAGGGCCUGCAGAAAGCCAUCACCUUCAAAGUCACGGAGGCGAUGAAAGAGAAAAUAUAUACUCCUUUGACUGUAGAGAGUGCUGUGGAUGCCAGAGAUGCUGUUGCCAAGAUCCUCUAUUCCUUGCUCUUUUGUUGGCUAACGGAGCGGAUCAAUGGUCGUGUUUACCCCAGGAAUGAGGCGCUAUCCAUAUCCAUAUUGGAUAUAUAUGGGUUUGAGGAGUUAACAUUUAACAGCUUUGAGCAGCUUUGCAUCAACUACGCCAACGAGACGCUCCAAUACUUCUUCACAAAAAUCAUCCUAAAGCAGGAACAGGAGGAGUAUGUACGAGAGCAGAUCGGAUGGAGGGAAUUGUCUUUCACUGACAACCAGGCGUGUAUAGACCUCAUUGCUGCGAAGCCUCAUGGGAUAUUCCGCAUUCUCGACGACCAAAGUAGCUUUCCUCAGGCCACUGACCACACCUUCCUUCAGAAGUGCCACUAUCACCAUGGCAACAAUCCCCUCUACUCCAGGCCAAAAAUGCCACUGCCAGAGUUCACUGUGAAGCACUACGCAGGCCGAGUGACUUACCAGGUCCACAAGUUUCUGGAUAAGAAUUAUGAUCAGGUUCGGCAAGAGGUCCUGGACCUGUUCGUUCAGAGCCACAACAGGAUGAUCUCCAAUCUCUUCAUAAAGCAUGCUGAGAUGCUGAACCAGCAGAAAGGGGGAAUGAGGAGGGACAGCACAGUGACCCGGCGAUAUCAGCCCUCCACCGUUGCUGCCAAGUUCCAGCACUCUCUACAGGAGCUCCUGGACAAGAUGGAAAGGUGUAACCCGUUUUUUGUUCGCUGCAUAAAGCCAAAUAAUAAUAAGGAACCAGGUCUAUUUGAGCCUGACUUGGUGGCGAACCAGCUCAGAUAUUCUGGAAUCAUGGACGCCAUCCACAUUCGAAAGGAAGGAUAUCCAGUCAGAGUGCCUUUCCAUAAGUUCUUAGACAGGUAUAAAGCACUGCUAGGGCUGAAGAAAGCGCCGCCUCCAGACGGAGAUAACUGUGUCCUUAUGUUGACGAAGCUCUGUCCAAUCAAUAAGGGGGAUUAUCAAGUGGGCGUGUCCAAGCUGUUUUUAAAGGAGGACGUGUAUCAGCUGUUGGAGAGCAAGCGUGAUCGUGUGAGGCACUUGGCUGCACUGACGUUACAGCGAUACGUUCGUAUGUACUUCGUCCGUAAGCAGUUCCUCAAGUUCCGCAUGGAUAUGGCCAAACUUCAGGCCCACUGCCGAGGCUUCCUCUUGAGGCGGCGUUUUUUUCAGAUGCGUGUGAACCUGAUCAAGUUGCGCUCAAUGAUGUGGCUCAUCGUCAACCGCAAACGAUACAUCAGGGAUAAUCUUCUCUUGGCCAGGAGGGCAGAGGAGGAGAGGAGACGACUGGAAGCGGAGCGAGCCAGCCGUGAGGUCAUUAACGUGUCCCAGCUGGUGAUUCCUGCUGAACUGGGAGGGCUGCUGCUGGCCACUGCAGCUGGUAAGGAGUUGCAUUCAGAGUGCCUCGCUUUGGUUCAGGCUCCGAGAGUGCAGGUCGAUCCUCAGCUCACUCUCCCUCUGGAUAUCAACAACCACCUAAUGACCAAAUACAUCCGCUCAAACUUCAGAGAUCUGGAAUUUGGGAUGCUUACAGCACCUCUUCAAGCUCCACUAACUCGUCUGGAGGACGACCUAAAACAAGACGCUCUUGACGUCUUCUUAUUGAUUUUGCGUUUCAUGGGGGACCCAAACUUGAACGGUGCUCAGGAGAACCUGUUUGGAAAUUACAUCAUCCAGCGGGGCCUGGCCACUCCACCGAUCAGGGAUGAGAUUUUGGCGCAGGUGGCCAAUCAGGUGUGGCGGAAUGGAAACCAGCGCAACGCAGAGCGAGGCUGGCUGCUGAUGGCGGCCUGUUUGAGCUCCUUCGCCCCGAGUGAGAAAAUGGAGAAAUAUCUGCUGAAGUUUGUGUCAGACUUCGCUCUGAACGGUUUUAAGGCGCUGUGCCAGCACAAGCUGCUCCAGGCCAUGCAGAAGUCCCACCUGGGCCCUGAGGCGGCCCGCACCUACCCCCUGUCUCUGCUGGAGUGGACCGCCAACCGCAAGAAAGCCCACAUGGUCCUGCAGGUGCACUGCUUCGACGGAGUAUCUUUCCUGUGUCCAGUCCACUCCUGGACAAGUGGUGAGGAAGUGGCAGGCGAUGUUUUGCAGCACAGGGGCGUGUCCUCGGAGAACAGGCAUGGAUGGUCGGUGCUGAUGAAGGAGCCGGGUCAGUGGGUGGAGCUGGAGGGUCACGACUACGUGAUGGACCUGGUGUGUGAUCUCGAGCUGCCCGCUGACUUCCCCAAACAGAAAACACACUUCAUCAUCUCCACACACGAUCCCAACAGAGCACGGCCCAACGCAAGCAUAAGCCUCUUUGGAAGUGGAUUCAAUGAGGAUGAGGAAGCACCGCUCUCAUAUGCGAACAGAGUCAGUGCCAUGGUAACCAACAGCCUGCCAAUCUCUGAAGGCCACUACAGUCAAGAUUCAGAUCCAUCAUAUGACGGAGCUCACAAGGGAAUGGACCGCUAUCUGGACAGCCUGUUUGACCCUGUACUGUCAGACAGAAAUGGGGAUAUGGAUGCAUCUCUCCUGUCUGGUAGAAUGAAAGGGGGAGGCGGUGUGGGUGGUAGCCAUGGCAACGGAGUUCCAGCCGCAGCCAGCGUGCCUUACUCAGCAGCUCUGCAACCGGGAGCGGUCAGAGUGUUGCCCCCUGUUCCAGCAGUACCGCUCAUCCCCAAUGUCCCCACAGUGCCGUCUGCUCCAGAUCCUCAAACUGUCAUGGCCCAGCAACAACAAGCCAUCAUCAACCAGCAGGCUGUCAUUAUGGCCCAGCAGAUGACCAUGCAGGCCAUGGCUAUGGUGACCAGUCCCAUCUCCAGCCCACCCCUCUCUCCAAUCACCAGCCCACCAACAAGCCCACCCCCAACCCCCUACGGCACUCUGCCCCCCAGCCCUUACCCUGCAGUCCCUCCGAGCCCUUACGCCAACAUCCCACCCAGUCCCUACGCCCACGUCACUCCAUCCUCCUCCUACAGUGGUCCACUCGUCAGCCCAUACCCAAGCGUGACCCCAAACCCAGUGUCCUCAACCCCCACCAGGCCGGAAGUGCAGGGUCAGUCCAGUCAAAUCAGCCCGCUAAAGACCCCCCAGCCACGGAGCAGCACAGCAGCGCAGGGUAAAGGAACAAAAGGGAGUUUUGGGAAGAAGCAAGCUCCUCCCACUCCAAUAAAACCAAUUACUAUUGACAACAAGCCUGCCAAGAAACACGCUCCAGUGGCGGUCUCGGGUCCGAUGCGUUCUGCUCCAUCUCCGGCUACAGAAGUGGUUAAAUAUUCUCUCUCCAACUCAGAGCACAUCGUCCCGAGCCACAACAUAAAGGACAUCAUCAAACAAUACCAAACUCCACCACCAGAGCCAGCGCCAGAGAGACGGAGGCGAGAAGGCAGAGCUUUUGUGAAAAAGAUGAAUCCACACGACGAAGCCAUGCAGAUCCUGAAAACGCAGAUGGACAAUCCACCUCCUCCACAGGUGCUUUCUCCAGCCCCUGUACCUGGAUCAAGAGAGCCAGGCCUUAAACCGACUAAGAGCACAAAGAAGAGGGCGCCAGAACCCCCAUUAAAUAUACCUCCCCCACCAGUGUCCAGAGAUCUUCCAGUGGAAACAGAAACCAUCCAAACGCAGCUCCACCGCAGCAGCACUGAAGAACACUACACAUACACCAACGUACCUUGGAAGAUCUACCUCAGGAAGGAGGUGUUCUACCCAAAGGACAGCUGGAAUCAUCCUCUUGUGCUGGACAUCAUAUUCAAGCAGAUUGUUAAUGACACGUUUUCAGAGGCCUGUGUGCGCAUCACCAAAGACGAGAGGCUGAAAAUGAAGGCUCUGUUCACGCAACACAAAAUAGAUCAGAACACAGACGUUCAGGACGAGAGCGUGAAGAAGGCCGUGGUCUCUGCUGCCCGAGAAUCGUGGGAGAUUUAUUUCUCUCGUCUUUUCCCAGCUUCAGGCAGUGUGGGCACUGGAGUCCAGGUGCUGGCCGUCUCUCACUCUGGCAUCAAACUCCUGAAAACAGUGAAAAGCAGCGCUGCAGCUCCAGACUACUUCAGAGUCCUGCGGCCGUACAGCUACACUGACAUCCUGUUUGUGACCAUCCCGUCUCCCAACAUGCUGGAGUUUAACCUGAUGAGUGAGAAGCUGAUCCUGUUCUCAGCCAAAGCUCCACAGAUCAAACACAUGGUCGACCUCUUCAUCUCUCAGCUCAAGAAGGAUUCAGAGUAUGCAGUGGCUGAAAGAAACUACAUUACAGAGGACCGAGCUCUGCUCAGCUUCCAUAAAGGAGACAUCAUUCGAUUACAGGCCAUGGAUGGAUUAGAGGAGGGUCAGCUUUAUGGAUGUGUGGUUAAGAAGAAGGUCAUUUAUCUGGAAGAAAUGAAGAGAGACACAGCAGACUUCGGCUGGAGGUUUGGAGCAGUGAUGGGUCGCAGCGGUGCGUUUCCCGCAGACUGUGUGGUUCCUGUUGCGGCUCCAGACUUCCUCAGUUUGCCUGUGGAGAGGAAAGGUGAACCGAGAGACAGACAGGGCCGAGUGGUGGCGUCAGGAGCUGUAGCACUCGCUGUGGCGUCCAGCGCAGCUGCACAUGAACUGGACCCAACACUAGAGUUGGAUGAAUUUGGUGAUUUCGGCAAUCCUGAAGUGGAGGGGAGCGUCCUUUUAGACAGCCAGUACAACAUGGUGGAGUUUGCCAAGAAAUACUUCAGACAGUGUAACGGGAGCAAAAGUGAUUCGUUCAGAGACAAGUCUAAGAAAGGCAAAGGCAGAGACCCUGCGGAAAUGGUCAAAUUCAGCAAGACCCCUAUCCAGGAGUCCCUCAUCGAGUUCAAUGACCCCAACAUGAACAGGGUCGCUUCUGAAAUCUUCCUGGCCAUAAUGAAGUUCAUGGGAGACCAUCCUCUCCGAGGCCAGUCCGAACACUUUGUGAUCUGCACCUUCCUGAAGCUGAUUGGAGAGUACGGGCUGAUGAAGGAUGAAGCGUACUGUCAGGUUCUGAAACAGAUCACAGCCAACACCAGCUCGAAACCUGACAGUUCUCAGAAGGGCUGGCGUCUGCUCUACGUUCUCACAGCGUACUGCCGCUGCUCAGAGGUGCUCAAACCUUUCCUGGUCAAAUUCUUACAGGACGCCUGUAAGAGCCCAGGAGCUCUGUUUCAAGGCAUUGCUAAAGCCUGUGAGCAGAAUCUGAGGAAGACGUUCCAGUUUGGUGGGAGGAGUGUGUUCCCCAGCAGCAUGGAGCUCAAAGCAAUCAUGGCUGGUCGAAGCUCAAAGAGGCAGCUCUUUCUGUUCCCUGGAGGAAUCGAGCGACACCUGAAGAUCAAAACCUGCUCUGUGGCUCUCGAUGUCAUAGAGGAGCUGUGUUAUGAGAUGGCUUUGCAAAGACUGGAGGCCAUGGAUGAAUACACAGUUUUCAUCGUUACAAACAGAGGUCAGAAUGUGCGGCCGCUGAAUAAGAGGGAGUACAUCCUGGACAUUGCUACGGAGGCGGAGCAGAUCGACAGCAACUACAGCUUCUGGUUCCGACGGGUUAUCUGGGCUCAGCCACUCAAGUUUGACAACGAACUCAGUGUCACAAUACACUACAAUCAAGUUCUUCCUGACUAUCUGAAGGGUUUGCUCAACGUUCUGCCCCAGGGGAAGGUCAGCGAGCAGCAGUUUAAUCAGAUCGCCAAACUUGCCGCCCUGCAGCACAGAACCAAGGACAGCCUUUAUGCGCCCACCAUUCAUGAGAUAGUGGAGUAUAUUCCAGCUCAGCUGUUUACCAGACAGGGCCCUCAGCAGUGGAUGCACCUGGUUACGCAACACACUCACGCAGUCCAGAGCCUCAACCCUCACCAGGCCAGAGCACAGUUCCUAGGGUUAGUGUGUGCGUUCCCCAUGUUUGGAUCUUCCUUCUUCUACAUUCUGAGUAGCAGCAACAGCACCAUCUCCACCCCCUGCAUCCUGGCUGUCAAUCUAAACGGCCUCCACUUCCUGGAUAAAGACACUCAUGAGGUUUUGGUGAAGUUUCCACUGAAGCUAGUUCAGUCCACUCACACCCAGCGGCCCAGCGCAGGACUGAGUUACCCUUAUGUGGACAUCUUACUAGGAGACAUGGCUAACCCCCGAAUCACACAGUUACAGCUGGAACAGGGGUUGGAGCUUUGCCGGGUCAUCGCCAUGCACAUCGAGAAUCUGCUGUCACUUCGACAAAAGAGGCUCACUCUGCCUCCGAGUGAAAUCACCCUCCUCUAA